AUGUCUUCCGCCACACCUUCCCACGAUGGGGACAGGCCCUUCAUCCCCUCCAGCAGGCAAUCGUUCAGUGGCAGUGUCAAUGACUCCUCCCGCUACUCCGUACCCCAGACACCGACGAGUCGUCCGGCCCUGUCGCGGCCGUUGACCAUGAAGAUCGACGAAGACUCAAGAUACCGUGCCAUCAUCAAGCACCUUUACGCUAAGGCAUGCUCCAUGCGAUGGAUGACAUCCAGUGCCCUGACACCUGGCUCCUGCGAAGGUGUCUUGAUCCGAAAGGGUCAAGGAGAAUAUGUCACAGAACCCGUAGCGGCCAACAAGGACCUUCUCUCGGCAGUAAAGAGGAUCAACCCUGGUGUCGCCCUCACCAUGAGCACCGAUGGUACACAGGCCAUCUUUGAUGUUCUCGAGCCCUUCGAGACGGAGUUGAUGUUCCAGAACGGCUCCCAGAUCCAGAUCUUCGAGUCAAUGGCAGAGGUCGCUACCUCGAGUACCAUCCGCAAGUUCCAAUACGCAGCUCUUAUCCGCCAGGAGAGGCUCCUCCUUGUAUGGCACGAUGACCUCGGUGCGAUCCUCUCCCAGGCGAUGGAGAUCGAAUCAAGGAUCCUGGCCUUGGUUUGGGGUACAUCAAAGAACCCCUUCAGUGGUUUCGACAGCGCCAUCCAGUCCAGUGCCAACUCCACCCUUGGAGGAUCAACCGUCGACUUCGCUAUCGACAGCAAGAAGGACGACGUUGAGGUCAAUGCUGAGGAGGUUGAUGGUGACCUCGAGAAGGCCGAAGGUCCUAAGGAGUCGCUCGCACGUCCUCUCAUCUUCACAAGUUCCAUCUUCGUCGGUCUUGCCAUGGUUUUGAUCAUCGUCCUCGUCAUCGGUCUCGGAAACAAGGCCAUCAUUCUCCAGACUAUGACCGAUCACUUCUACCCCCGUAUCCUUCUCGUCCUAACCGAGCCACUGUGGAUCGCCCUUGGUCUCUUCUUCGUCGUUGUCGUCCUGGGUAACAUCUUCGAGGUGUUCGGACCCGUCACUGGUGUCAAGUCCAACAGCCGCUUCCACUCCGCCGUCAAGCCCAACCUUGCCCAGGCACGCGCCAUGGGAUUCACGCCGUCGACCAUCACCAUCCAAAUGCCCAUCUACACCGAGUCCCUUGAGGGUGUCGUCAAGCCCACCGUCGCCAGUUUGCAAGCUGCCAUCUCCUACUACGAGUCCCGUGGUGGAACUGCACGCAUCUUCAUCAACGAUGAUGGUAUGGCCGUCCGAUCGGCAGAGGAUAACGAGAAGUUCCUGCGAUUCUACGAGAACAACAACAUUGGAUGGGUCUCGCGCCCCAAGCACAACCACGAAGGCUUCGUUCGCCGCGGAAAGUUCAAGAAGGCCUCGAACAUGAACUUCGCUCUCAACACCUCCAACAAGGUCGAGGAUGUACUUCAAAGCAUGGUCGACAACCGUUUCGACAAGGCUGAUGGUGAUGCUUCGAUCUCCGAGGAGGAGGAGCUCGCUCUCUAUCACGAGGCUCUCGAACAGGUUCUCACCGCGGACCCCCGCGCGAAGGCUGGCGGUAACAUCCGUAUGGGUGAAAUCAUUCUCAUUGUCGACUCCGAUACCAUCGUUCCUGAAGACUGCCUCAUGUACGGUGCCGCCGAAAUGUACCUGUCGCCCGAAGUCGCCAUUGUUCAGCACGCUACUGGUGUCAUGCAAGUCUCUUGGGAUUACUUCGAGAACGGUAUCACCUAUUUCACUAACCUUGUCUACACCGCCAUUCGCUUCUCAGUCGGUAGCGGUGAAGUCGCACCCUUCGUCGGUCACAACGCUUUCUUGCGAUGGCAAGCUGUCCAGUCCGUUGGCAACCCUCCGGAGGAUGAUGGCUACGUCUGCUUCUGGUCCGAGAGCCACGUUUCCGAAGAUUUCGAUAUCGCGCUUCGUCUCCAGAUCAAGGGUAACAUUGUCCGCUUGGCCAGUUACCACGGCCGUGGCUUCAAGGAGGGUGUGUCUCUUUCCAUCUUCGACGAGUUGGACCGAUGGGAGAAGUACGCGUACGGUUGCAACGAACUGGUCUUCAACCCUGUGCACACCUGGUUGUGGAAGUCCCCCUUCACCAAGCUCUUCCGCACCUUCAUCUUCUCCAACAUCCAGCUGUCGUCCAAGAUCUCCAUCUGCGGUUACAUCUUCUCCUACUACGCUCUCGGAUCGGCCGUUCCCCUCGGUUGCCUCAACUACUUCCUGGUCGGAUGGCUCAACGGUGAUCUCGACAAGUACUAUGUCGAAUCGUGGAAGAUCUUCAUCGUCCUGCUCAUCGUAUUCAACGGAAUGUCCAACGUCUGCUUCGCCAUCAUGCGCUACCGUAUCGGUGAGGCCAGUCUACUGGGUGCCUUCUUCGAGAACCUCAAGUGGAUGCCCUUCUUCAUGAUCUUCUUCGGUGGUGUCUCGUUCCACAUCCUCCUCGCCAUUUGCUCGCACAUGUUCUGUAUCGACAUGAGCUGGGGUGCCACAGCCAAGGAAAAGGACAACUCCAACUUCUUCGCCGAGCUGCCCAAGAUCUGGAAGCGCUUCAAGUGGAUGUACAUGAUCAUGAUCCUCAUGAUCGGAGGUAUGAUCUACCUCGGAUGCUUCGCUCCCCACGGCUGGGAGAUUACCGGUCUGACUGCCGUUCUGCCUUGGGCCGUAACGGUUAUCAUGCACUGCCUGUUGCCCAUCGUACUGAACCCGUCAUUGACGGUCUUCAACUACUAG